AUGAGCGAGAACGGGCGUGUCGUAAUGAUUGUGCGUGCUAAUUCUCCACGUGGGAGUCCUCCCAGUGGAAACGAUCCAGCUGCUUUGAAUUUAGGAGCCAUGGAGGUAGAUUGGCGUCAACAGCAAUUCCAACGUCAGCGUAUGCAGCUACUUAGUAUGGCCAUUUUCUUGUGCUUUCUUGUCCUCUUCUUUGACAAUCGUGCGGGCGACGGUCACAGCAGCCGAAGACAAGGCGUUGAUACCGGUACAGAAGGACGAAACCGAUAUUCAUUACCUCCAAACGCAUUUAACGAUACCGAUCGCUUACAAAAGGUACAAGAGCUGGAGAUGCUGCUACAGACUCAAGCAGGCUAUCGCCAUAAUGAACCACCACUUAAUGUAACGGGUAUUUAUUCAGGUACAUGGGACUCCUUAUUACCUGAAGAAUACAAUGUUAAUAAACCUUUAUAUAAGGAUAUUAUUCCAUAUUUAAAGGUCGAUCGUGAGAUUCAACCGCAACAAUACACGCAGCCAAUGGAGACAGGACACACGUGGUUGUUUCUCAAGAUGAAGGCACCAGCAUCCAAGGAACUAACAAAGGAGGUGGCGUAUGUUACGGGACAGUUGGUUAUUUACGAGAAACAGGCGUCUUUAGCUGCUACUAUUUUACCGGUACAAGGCGUAUUUCUACGGAAAUUAGGCAAAUUGACACUUUUUGGCAAUAGUCCAGACUCGAGUGUGCAGAUUUUGUAUCGAAAAGAGAGCAGUAGAUGGGAUAAUUCGACUAAGGUUGAGACGAAGAUACCGUCUGAUACUGUGAAUGAAGAAGCAGAGGAGGAAGGAGAUGGAAAGAUUAAAAAUCUCGAGAGACUGGCACGUGUAACUCGAGCUGAUAUGGUGAAUCUGAGCGUGCUAGAUGGUGUGCCAACUGUAAAAAAUCGAGACGAAUACGUGGCAAUAGACAUUUCACCUCCACGAUACUCGUACGUGUCGCGCUUUCGAAGUAGCGACUCGUUUAGUGACCAGUGUGUGAGCAUUGUGGAGAUGGCGCUAGUGAAUGAUACGAAGACACCGGCGAGAGAUGAACGAGAGGACAACAAGGACGAUGAUGCGGCGACAGCACUGCAGAAAUCGAUGCGUUACAUGAAAUUGGAAGGAACACUUGCUAGUGUGAACUGUGGACUGUAUAUGAAGCUGGACACGACGUUUCAAGAGGAGAAUUUGAACGUGUUUUUUGCCAAGGCUUCACGCUAUGCUGUAAUCAUGACGUUUGUUGCUAUGGCAGAAAUCUACUUCUUGUUGCGACAGCUGCAAAUUUCUAGCACACAGGCUUCAGCGGCAAAGGUGUCGUUACUGACGAUUGGACAGCAGGCAAUUGUGGACUCGUACCUGUGCUUAGGCCACCUGACUGUGGGUAUUGUGGCGCAAAACGUGUUUGCCGCAUUCGCGUCCGUCGCGUUUGUCAAGCUCAUUAUUUUUUCGGUGUUUGAGAUGCGGUAUCUGCUGAUCAUAUGGAAGGCACGAAGACCACAGGGAUUCUCAGAAGGCUGGCUUACGCUUCGACGCGAGCUCACGACGCUUUAUUCGCGGUUCUAUCUGUCAUUGCUAGCUGGGCUCUGUAUUUUCUACAACUUUUCGAAUCACUUGCCCGUCCUAGCGUUUAUCUGCUACUCGUUUUGGGUUCCCCAAAUUGUGCACAAUGUCCACAGGGAGGUGCGGAGCCCGUUUGACCUGGGAUAUCUGUACGGCAUCAGUGCACUGCGUUUAUUCUUGCCGCUGUACUUCUAUGGCUGCCCGGAUAACUUCCUGACAGCCUUUCCAAUGUAUGAGAGCAAGAUUGAUCCGCAGUAUUGCUAUAUGCUCUCGUCGUGGGUGGGUCUUCAAGUGGGUAUCCUUGCUCUGCAGCAGCGAUAUGGUCCAAGGUUCUUCGUGCCAGCGCGUUUCCUGCCUGUAAAGUAUAACUAUGAACGGCGUAUUGAUCUACAGCAUUUGGCAUUGCUGAAGGACAGCGACAACUCCAUCGACUGCGUGAUCUGUAUGGUAGAGCUGGACAUUGAAGCGCGCGACUACAUGAUCGCGCCAUGCGACCACAUUUUCCAUCGUGAGUGUCUUGAGGGCUGGAUGCAAGUCAAGAUGGAGUGUCCAACAUGUCGACAUGCUUUACCGGAGCCCUAA